AUGGCUCCAAAGAAGGGUUCAUCAGGAAAUUCUAAUUCCAGAGGCGAUAGAGAUGUCGAUGUUGAAGAUCGUUUCCAAGCAGUUGUUUUAACAGAUUCCUUCGAGACUAGAUUCAUGCCACUUACUGCGGACAAACCAAGAUGUUUGUUACCAUUGGCCAAUGUUCCUUUAAUCGAAUAUACUUUGGAAUUCUUGGCUACUGCAGGUGUUAAUGAAGUUUAUUUAACUUGUUCCUCUCAUGCAAAUCAAAUAGAUGAGUAUAUUGAAAAUUCAAAAUGGAAUUUACCAUGGUCACCUUUCAAGAUAUCUACAAUCCUUUCUCCAGAAGCUAGAUCUGUUGGUGAUGUUAUGAGAGAUUUAGAUAACAGAGGUAUUAUUACAGGUGAUUUUAUCUUAGUUAGUGGUGAUGUUAUUACAAACAUUGAUAUUAGCAAGAUGAUUGAAUUUCAUAGAAAGAUGCAUGCUCAAGAUAAAGAUCAUAUUGCAACUAUGUGUUUAAGUGAAGCUACAGAAUAUUACAAGACUAGAACUUUUGAACCAGCAGCUUUUAUAUUGGACAAAUCUACCAGUAGAUGUAUAUAUUACCAAGAUUUACCAUUGAUAUCUUCUCAAGAAAAGGGAGCUGUUCAAAUCGAUCCUGAAUUAUUAGAAAGUGUUGAUGAAUUUACUAUUAGAAAUGAUUUGAUAGAUUGUAGAAUUGAUAUUUGUACUCCUCAUGUACCACCUAUUUUCCAAGAUAACUUUGAUUAUCAGUCCUUAAGAACAGAUUUCGUUAGAGGUGUUAUCUCCAGUGAUAUCUUAGGUAAAAACAUUUAUGCAUACAUAACUAGUGAUUAUGCUACUAGAGUUGAGAGUUGGCAAUCAUAUGACACAAUAUCACAGGAUUAUAUUGGUAGAUGGUGUUACCCAAUGGUAUUAGAUAAUAAUAUGCAAUAUGAUCAAACUUAUUCUUAUGAAUCUAGACAUAUCUACAAAGAGAACAAUGUUGUAUUAGCCCAAUCUUGUAAGAUUGGUAAAUGUACAGCAAUUGGGUCUGGUACAAAGAUUGGAGAAGGUACACGUAUUGAAAAUUCUAUCAUUGGCAGAAAUUGUCAAAUUAGUGAAAAUAUUGUGAUAAAGGAUAGUUUUAUUUGGGAUAAUACAAUUAUUGGAGAUAAUAGUAAUAUAGAACAUUCUAUUGUUGCUUCACAUGCUAAAUUAGGAAAUAGUGUUACAUUGAAUGACGGUUGUAUUAUUGGUUUCAACGUUAUUAUUGAUGAUAAUAUGGAGAUUCCAAAGGGUACUAAGAUCUCUUAUAAACCUAUUAAAAACAUGGGUUCCUCUGCCUUUAAUCUAGGUGGAGAUGAAGAAGAUUCAGAGGAAGAAGAUUUGGUAGAAUGUUCAAGUUUCGUUGGUGUAAAUGGUAUAGGUUACGUAUAUGACAGUGAUACAUCUGAUGAUGACGAAGAAGAAUCAAACGGUAUACAUAAAGUAUCUAACUGUCUGGCUCAUCAAAUUGAAGAAUUAUACUUAAGUGAUGCCUCUAUAUCUUCUAUUACUAAAAGAAAGAAGAAGAAGAGAACAAUGUCAUCCAACAGUAUGUAUACAGAUAGAGAAGAUAUAGAAUCUGAAGAUGAAGAUGAAGAAGAUUUUGAAGCAGAAGGUCUUGCUACAGUAGAGAGAGCCCUAGAGAAUAACCAUGACAUUGAUACUGCAUUAUUAGAAUUGAAUACUUUGAGAAUGAGUAUGAAUGUAACGUAUCAUGAAGUUAGAACCGUUACAGUCAUGGCAUUGGUGAGAAGAGUUUAUCACUUUAUUUCCACUCAAACUUUAGGACCAAAGGAUGCUGUUCACAAGGUAUUCAAUCAUUGGGGUAAUCUAUUUAAGAGACAAGCAUUUGAAGAAAGUGAAUUCAUUGAUUUAAUGAAUAUUAUUAUGGAUGUUGUUGAAGAUACACAUUUUGAGAAACCAGAUUUAAUUUUAUUUGGUGCUUUCACUUCAUUGUAUGAUAACGACAUUCUAGAGGAAGAUGUUAUUUAUAAAUGGUGGGAUAACGUUUCCGAUGAUCCAAAAUACGAUAAUGUUAAGGUUUUGAUUGCUAAAUGGGUUGAAUGGUUAAGAACUGCAGAUGAGGAAUCAUCUGAAGAAGAGUCUUCCGAAGAAGAAUAG